AUGGAGCAAGACCGAGGCAAGACAGGGUCAGAUGGCUCCUACGAUGAGCAGAGAGAUAAAGAGAGCGACAUGCUCCCUGACCCUGCUCUGGAAGGCGAUAGCCCCGAAGUCACUACGCCCUCGGAUGAGGAGCACGAGGGCAUGCUGGCCCGCGACAUUGGGCGCAAGACGGCCUACUACGACUACGCGGCCGAGAAGCAGCUGAGCCAGGCCGACGCGAAGCUGUUCUACCAGCGCAGCCAGGUGGAGGCACAGAAUACCGGGGGCAACAACUGGGGCAACUCGCAGCACUCGCCGACGGGGAGCCCGGUGCUGAUGCCGAGGUCGGUGUCGAAUGUGUUCGACAAGGAGCAGGCAAGCAUGCGGAGGAGUUGGAGUACAAGCUCGAUGAUGAGCUCGCACGGCGUUCCGCAGAGCUCGGGCAAAUUUAGGGCUGGGGCUCCACUGGGACUAGCAGAUAUGAACAAGUCUCCAGAGAGCAACUUAAUACAAGAGCCAAGCUCAAUAGCCUUCUCGCAGAAUGCGAUUGGCACUCACCGCCAGGAUUCGCUACCUCAGGCGGACAGAUCGGCAAGAGGCCAUGAUGUACACCCGAGUAUACCGCAUGAGUCGAAGCCGCUACUAGAGACAGAAGGACUACAUGGGGCAGGUGCUGGGGUUGGAGUCGGGUCUGGAGCUGGUGGGUUUGCUCAUAACGAUGACAAUAUUACAUCGGAGCUCAGCACUAUCUACACCAAUAUCCAAAAAAUCCUGGAUCUGCGGCACAAGUACAUGCGAUUGUCCUUGCAGCAAGAUGGUGAUAACCCCAAGGACGAGCCUAGUUGGAAGAUCUACCCUCCGCCUCCUGAACCUGCUUGGUAUGAACACGGGUAUGAGGAGCGUGACCGAGGGAACGCUACUGCGAAUGGCAUGGAUAGCCAGAAUGGCAGUAUGUCGAACAGCUUGAUUCUUCCCCAAGAGCAAGCCAAGAAAAUCGUCGACCACUCCCGAAAUAUCAGCAGCGCGUCUCAGCCUGAUAAGUUGCCCCGGCGAAAGCGGAAACCUGGUCAGGACAUUGGCGAGGACUUCUACCUGGAGGAUCUCCUCCCUGUCCCAGGGCCCAACGAGAUGACGUUCAGUCUCGACGAGAACAGCGUCUACCAAGUCUACGAGAAUCCAGAGGCGGUCGAGGCACAAACCCCGGUCAUCAACAUCCCUAAUAUCCGGGAGUACUACAUGGAUCUGGAAGACAUCCUCAAUAUCUCCUCUGAUGGUCCAUGCAAGAGCUUUGCGUUUCGCCGCUUGCAGUACUUGGAAGGCAAGUUCAAUCUCUACGUGCUGCUUAAUGAGUACCAAGAGAUGGCGGACAGUAAGAGAGUGCCUCACAGAGAUUUCUACAAUGUGAGAAAGGUCGAUACGCACGUUCAUCACUCUGCGUGCAUGAAUCAGAAGCAUUUGCUGCGGUUCAUCAAGAGUAAGAUGAAGAAGUGUCCGGAUGAGGUUGUCAUGUUUAGGGAUGGCAAGCAUCUUACGCUCGAGGAGGUAUUUCAGAGUAUCAAUUUGACGGCGUAUGAUCUUAGUAUUGACACGCUUGAUAUGCACGCCCACACCGACUCCUUCCAUCGUUUUGACAAGUUCAACCUCAAGUACAAUCCAAUUGGAGAGUCGAGACUGAGAACUAUCUUCCUCAAGACGGACAACUUCAUCAAUGGUAGAUACCUGGCUGAGAUCACCAAGGAAGUGAUCUCUGAUCUUGAGUCGAGUAAAUACCAGAUGGCUGAAUGGCGUAUCUCGAUCUACGGCCGAAGUAUUGAUGAGUGGGACAAGCUUGCUGCGUGGGUCAUUGACAACAAGCUCUUCUCCAACAAUGUUCGAUGGUUGAUCCAAGUGCCUCGCCUCUUCGAUGUUUACAAGUCUACCGGCUUGAUGGACAACUUUGAGCAAGUCAUCGUAAAUAUUUUCCAACCUCUCUUUGAGGUUACGAAAGACCCGACGAGUCAUCCCAAACUCCACAUCUUUUUGCAAAGAGUUAUUGGAUUCGACUGUGUCGAUGACGAGAGUAAGCCUGAGCGUCGACUGUUCAAGAAGUUCCCAGUGCCAAGGGUUUGGGACUCGAAGCAGAACCCCCCUUACAGCUACUGGAUCUACUACUUGUUCUCCAAUAUGGCCUCCCUGAAUGUGUGGCGCAAGCAGCGAGGCUUCAACACCUUCCUUUUGCGUCCUCAUGCUGGUGAAGCUGGCGAUACAGAUCAUUUGGCUGCUGCUGUUCUGUGCUGUCACAGUAUCAGCCAUGGACUGCUGCUGCGCAAGGUUCCUCUUCUACAGUACAUCUUCUACCUUGAGCAGAUCGGAGUGGCGAUGUCGCCUCUGAGCAACAACGCGCUGUUCCUGGCAUAUGAGCGGAACCCGUUCUUGAGCUACUUUAAGAGAGGCCUCAAUGUAUCCUUGUCGACUGAUGAUCCGCUUCAAUUCGCAUUUACAAAGGAGCCGCUGAUUGAGGAGUACUCAGUGGCUGCGCAGAUCUACAAGCUGAGUGCUGUGGACAUGUGCGAGCUGGCCAAGAACUCGGUUACGCAGAGUGGAUUUGAGCAUGCUGUUAAGCAGAGAUGGUUGGGUCAGGAUUACCACUUGCCUGGUGUAAAGGGUAACACUAUGGCCAAGACAAAUGUGCCCAACAUUCGGGAGGGCUUCAGACAUGAGACACUCUUGCAGGAGCUUGCGAUGAUUGCACGAUACACAGCUGUAGCCACCCCAACAACAGCGGUAUCUGGCAAGACAGAGCCUGUACCUACAGCAUAUAUCCCUCCACAAGCUCCUCCCUCCCCAACAUCGUCAUUGAAGACCAACCUCUCCAUCGCCACCGGCAACAGCCAUCCCGAGCCAACUCCAACUCCCCAGCACUACCAGCAAUUCCCUGCCCAAGCGGCCCGCAUCCCUAUCUCGCACUCCCAAGCUCAGCUCGACAUGAUACAGCAGUCGCACGGCAGCCCCAUCCAGCGCGCCGUCUCGCGGCCCAACUCCACCAUGGCCAGUCCACACAUGUCGAGUCUCAAUCGCGAGGCGUCGUGGCCGGUAUCAGAGGCAUUCGGUGAUCUUCAUCUUUCGGCUAGCGAGCCACGGAUCUUUCCAGGAGUGGUGAGCCGGACCCAGAGGAAGGGGAGCGUGAGGAUGGGUAGCUCGAGCGAGACGGAUGAGGGGAGGGCAAUGAAGGGGGUGAAGACUAUGGGCGGGUCUCUGAAGGAGAGGGAUAAGGCGGGAGAGGAGCAGGAGAGCGAUGGGGAAAUGGAGGAGGCGGGGGGGCGGGAUGAACAGGAUUCGACGUAG